AUGGAAGCACCGAGAAGACGACGGGGGAUUAAUUACUGCGUGACCUCUGACCUGGUGUGCUGGAGGGAUCAGGUGUAUUUUUACCUGCGAUUAAGCACACCUUGUGGCCCCCCCCCUCAGGUGGACGGCUUCUUCACGCUGCUGUUGGGACUGAGCAGCUUCAACACGCUGACCGCCAUCAGCCUCACUCGCUACGUGAAGGGAUGUCCUUCUCCUGAUGAUUACUCAUCUUUAUUCUUUUUACAUCUCCUCCCUGAUGAUUACUCAUCUUUAUUCUUUUUAUAUCUCCUCCCCACCUCAUCAAUGCAUAUUUACUCAGGACUCUGCUCUUCCUGUCAGGUGUCCAUGGUGAUCUGCACGGCGUGGUCCCCUUACGCCGGGGUGUCCAUGUGGUCCGCCUUCGGGUUCCACGUUCCAAACCUGACCAGCAUCUUCACUCGCCUCUUCGCCAAGUCAGCCAGCUUCUACAACCCGCUCAUCUACUUCAGCCUCAGCUCCAAAUUCCGCACAGACGUUGGCAUCCUGCUGCCGUGCGGCCGAGACGCCAAAGGCUUGGUCAAACUGAGGCGCUUCAAGCUGAAGGGGGAGGGUCAGGGUCGGGUCAAAGCUCCUGGCGCUGAGAGGAAGUACAACCUGGCUGGCCCCGCCCCCACUGCAGACUCUGGGAGGGCAAGUCCUGUCAAUAAGGUGUUUUCCCUUGAGAGGCCACACCCCUCUGAGACCAGAUUCACAUGA